ACGAAAAUGGCUAUCAGGCAGCCGACAUCCGAGUCCUCUUCGUCCUUCACGUACUUCUCGGUAGUGUCCACCACCAUCCUUAGCGAUUCCCGGACACACCCAGGUAUGCGGCAUAUGGUGCGAACGCCCAGCUUGAAGUGAUCAUCCCGUUGCUCGGCGGUGAGGCUGCGGAGAUAAUCAAGCCCACGCUGCGGGAAAAUGCCUCUCGAGCGAAACCAGUGGGAGUCGUGGGGCGGGUCUGGUGGUGGACCUGAGGGAGGUGGAGGUCCUCCGCCGUUUGGGGGCGGCCCAUUGCCGCCCGAGUCACCAUCUCCUGCUCCGCCAUCCCCCGGGUCACCGGGUGGCGGGCCGGGUGGCGGGCCGGGUGGCGGGCCGGGCGGCGGCGGGGGUGCGAAUCCGCCUCCACCUCGAGCACCGCGGAGCCCCACUUGGUCUCCACGCGUUCCUCUACCGCGACCUCUCCCCCGAGCUCGGCGCGGCGGCGGUACGGGCUGCGAAGCACCACCUUCACCAUCCCCGCCUCGCCCCGUCGUAUCACGGUCAUUUAAGGGCAUGUCUCGGGUGUCUAGAGCCGGGUUGACCGUGUCUCGGUUGAUCGAAGGCGGUGGCGGUGGCGGGGGAGGCGGAGGGGGUGGGGGUGGGGGUGGUGGUGGUGUCGGUGGAGGUGGGGGUGAUGGAGGAGGCGGUUGAGAGCCUCCUUCCGGCUUCGAAGCGGAGGGCGGCGGGGGAGGGUUGGGCGCAGUCUGCUGUCGUCGCAACUCACGGGCCCGACGGCCUCUCCCCCUGUGUUGCCCCACCUCCCGCUGACGGAAGCAUUGACCGCCACAGAAAGCCGUACAUAUCAUACAUCUGCCAAAACCUCUGCUCCUUGCUGAGCGCCGGCGGGCGUCUGCCGGCGGCUGAGAGGAGGGCGUAGGGGCGGCGGAGUCAUCAAGCCAAGCUGACAGAACGUCUCUCGAGUCGCGAAGCCCUUCUGGAGGAUCCGGGUUCUCCGGAUCAAAGCCUUCACGUGCUGCAAUCUCCGGUGCGGCUGAAGGUCGUGUGUCGUCCCACGCAUUGAGGAUGUCCUCCGAUUCUCGAAGGCCCCCGGGCGGGUCACGAUUGUCCGGAUCGUAGCCUUCGCGCGACGUCAUGUCAGCCAGAGCCUCAGGUCUGCCAGGGGGAAGCGUGGGGCGAUCGCCGCCAUUUGGCCCCGCCGCCAAAGAUGGGUCCGCACCC